GCCGACCGAAUUCAACAGGAAGCAGAUACCAAGUAUAUCGCGCCUCAAGGCUGUGAUUUACUGCGCCUCGGAGGCCCCCAAAAGCUAUAAGAUCAAUCAUGCUUAAAGAAUUUGUCCCAUAAUUCCUAUUCAUAAGCGAAGAUCGGACACGAAUGUAUCCAGAAAUCUCUUUGGAACAAGGUGAUUCCUUCCGCUUGAUCGAGUUGAAGCCUGGACAAGGCAAUGAUGCUAUCAUUGUCAGCUUGCUGCACACCAGCAUUAAUGAUGCGCCCCCCUAUGAGGCACUCUCUUACGUCUGGGGAGAUCCUACACUGGCUGAUUUUAUCCUAAUAACCCAUCCCAUUUCCGAAACAAAAAACCUUUCACAUGAAAGUAACUGCGAAUUGCCAUGCAGCAUUGAAGCGACUACGCCGUACAGAAGAAACGCGGAUGCUCUGGAUAGACUCGAUAUGCAUCAAUCGAAUUAAGGUAACGGAGCGAAAUCACCAGCUGGGACUCAUACCCAAGAUAUACUCCUGUGCCUCGCGUGUUGUCGUCUACUUGGGAGAAAGCGACGACGCCAGCAACUCAGCACUUGACUGGAUCUACGACGUCGAUGCACCUCUCGAUCAUGAAAACGAUUCUGCACCCUGGGAAAGCACCCCCAGGGCCCUGAAACCUAACGCGAACAUCAUGGAUGCCUUUUUUUCGUCGUCAGUGGUUCCACCGAAUCUGGGUGCUCCAAGAGAUACGCUUCGCACGCGAAGCCGUCAUCAUCUGCGGAAGUAAAGCAGUUGACUGGAGCUCUUUCCAAGCAUUCAAGUAUUGGAACAACACGAUGAAGUGGGUAAAACAUCUGCCAUACGUGAUCCAGUGGUCCUUGGUGAGAUAUUCCCGUGGAAACGUGAAUAACGAAUUUUUGAGUGCGUAUCCGAAACGGCUGCAUAGAAAGUUGAAGUUGACAAGGCAUAUUGGAGCGACUGAUCCACGUGACAAAGUUUUUGCCAUCCUUCCGCUGCCGGACUGGGAGGAGGCCAAGUUUUGGGAGCAGAAGAGUGCUAGGCUGAGGUCCGAAGUCGAAAGCGAAAGCUCUGAAGCGGAUGGCGAGGAUGACGACCAGAAUUUAAACGCUAUUCAGGCGCAAAACAAAAAAGAAAGAAACAAAGAGCUAGUGAGGCAUGCAUACGAAGAAGACGUAAGUUGGACUAAGCAGGAAACACAAGGGGUAAACAUCAAGGAAGAUUACGGUACUCCGGCUGCAGAGCUCUUCACACAGCUUGCGAUGGAUCUUAUCAACGUUCUUGGGCUUUCGGUUCUUUCCGACAUAUCUUCUCCUGUCGCUAUGACAGGCCUACCAUCAUGGGCACCGGACUGGAACGCCAAUAACAAAGACCAAUCUGUUGGACGCUCUCGCAGAGCAGAGAGACAACUUGCUCACACCACCUAAUUUUCAGAUCUAGAGUGGAAUAAAGACGCCUGUUUGGAGAAAGUUCCAAUAACCUGGGCCUUUUCAAGCUAUGACACUACAGCAGAUGGAAACAGCAUUUUGAAGACCCAGCUACACGUUCGUGCGAUUUCCUUGGGAACCAUUGCCAAGUUGGGCCACUUAUGCAAUAUAUAUGAGGACUACCUUCCUGUUGCACAGUGGGAAAGUUUGGUGGACGAUCCUGCCCUUGUCAAAGUAACCAACCUUUCCCCGUGGCCUGGAAUCAACGCCAGCUGGGACGUCCGCCACGAAUGGGAGAUCUCUCGUCUUCCCCCUUUCGUGCGCGCCCUAGCAGGGGACCAAAUCACGUCCACUGACGCGAUCCAGUCAGCCUUACGUCGCAUACGGAAAUACAAUGGGGAACAUGAAACUCUGCAGAGAGAGUUUGAAUUCUUCGACAUUCAAAGUGAGGAAGAGGACCAAAAGGAAAAAAUGAAGCUAAGAGAUAUAUUCAAGGCUAUGGCUGUCAGCUACGAAGACCAAGCAGAGGCUAUUUUUUACACAUGUCAUGGGAAGAGGUUCAUGGUGCUUGACUCUGGGCGGAUAGGUCUUGUGCCUGACAUGGCAGAAAUCGGUGACGAGAUCGUGGCGAUAGAGGGCGCGAAGGACUUGUUCAUCGUUCGAAGCAUUCGUGACGCUGGGAAAGGAAACGAGAAAGUGGUGCAGUUAAUUCGAGAAGCUUUCGUGCAGGGGACGACUCGUGGACGAAAGCAAGAACUUGAAAAGAGCUUGAAGGAUUUCUCAAAGGCACAAUCACUCUUGAUUAGGUGAUCAAUUGAACCGUUCCUUGUGAGAAGGAACCGUACUUGAUUGGAGCGGCUGUGUCAAAGCAUGAAUGCGCAGAUGUCGCAAGUGUUUGGUCAUUUUUGAGAUGUAGAGGUUCCAGUUCCAAACUCGUCAUCUCGACUUGUAAGGUUUAUGCUCUCUCUCCUUGAUCACGGAAGGUCGUUAAUCUCACUCUAUACAACCGCAGCUCUGAAGUGAUAGAAAUACUUUGAUGAUUGUAGCAUAAGUAAGGAG